AUGGCCACACCGAACGAAAAGCCUAUCAAGAAACCCAAGAUGGCAACCCCAGACAAAUACGAUGGUAACCGGGAAGGGUUACGGACGUUCCUCACUACUAUCGAGUUAUACUGCGGCUACAACGAUGUGCCAAACGACGAAGAGAAGAUUCUCAUG